GCCAAUCACAACAUCAAUUAGCUCGAAUUACAUUCUAGAUCACUCGCCUAGUAACAUUACAUUCUAGAUCACUCACCUUACCCUUACAACUCCCUAUAUAAUCCCCUCCAAAUCCUUCCCUCAGUCACCAACCAAAUCAGCCUACAGCAUACAGCCCUAAACUGCCUUCUUCUACACCUCAAGCUCACCUAAGCUUCUCUCCCAUGGCUCCAAGCCUGAGCAAGAACAAUGCCCUAGACAUAUCGACCCUUGUAGACAGCAACUCUCCGCUCUCAAUAACCCUACAAGGCACAACUUUCCUCGCCAACGGCCACCCUAUCCUCACUGAAGUCCCGCUAAACAUCACCGCCACCCCAUCACCAUACAAAACCACCGUAGGCUGCUUCGUUGGCUUCGACUCCGACGAGCCCAAAAGCCGCCAUGUGGCGUCACUCGGCAAGCUCAGUGGCAUCAAGUUCAUGAGCAUUUUCCGGUUCAAAGUCUGGUGGACCACCCACUGGGUCGGCACCACCGGAAACGACGUCCAGCACGAGACUCAGUUCAUGAUCCUCGACAAAAACGACACCACCAACCGCCCCUACGUCCUCCUCCUCCCUCUUCUCGAAGGUCCCUUCAGAGCCUCCCUCCAACCCGGCACCACCGACUGCCACGUCGAUAUGUGCGUCGAGAGCGGCUCGACGCGUGUCAGUGGCUCCACCUUCCGGAGCGUUCUCUACAUGCACAUCGGAAACGACCCGUACAGUCUUGUCAAAGAGGCCAUGGAGGUGGUGAGAGUCCAUUUGGGGAGCUUCAAGCUUCUGGAGGAGAAGACGCCUCCGGCCAUCGUAGACAAGUUUGGUUGGUGCACUUGGGAUGCGUUUUAUCUCAUGGUGCACCCCAAGGGGGUGUGGGAAGGGGUUAAAACCCUAGUGGAGGGUGGGUGUCCUCCGGGAAUGGUACUCAUCGACGACGGCUGGCAGUCCAUUUGUCACGACGACGACCCCUUGACCGACGAAGAAGCCAUGCAAAGAACAGCCGCCGGUGAGCAAAUGCCAUGCAGGCUGACAAGUUUCGUAGAGAACUACAAGUUCAGAGACUAUAAGAGCCCUAGAGGUAAGGGCCAUGGCAUGGGUGCCUUUGUUAAGGACUUGAAGGAGGAGUUUGGGAGUGUGGACUAUGUGUAUGUUUGGCAUGCUCUUUGUGGGUAUUGGGGUGGAGUUCGACCCGGGGUUAAGGGCGGGUCGGGUUUUCCGGAGAGCCGGGUGAUUAGGCCGAAGCUGUCGGAGGGGUUGCAGAAGACGAUGGAGGAUUUGGCGGUGGAUAAGAUCUUGAGUAACGGAGUGGGGCUGGUGGAACCGGAGAUGGCCCAGCAGUUGUAUGAGGGGCUUCAUCAGCAUCUCCAAUCGGUGGGGAUCGACGGUGUCAAAGUCGAUGUCAUACACUUGCUUGAGAUGUUAUCAGAGGAGUUUGGUGGUCGGAUUGAGCUGGCCAAAGCUUAUUACAAGGCACUUACUGCUUCUGUGAGGAAACAUUUCAAAGGCAAUGGAGUGAUUGCUAGCAUGGAGCACUGCAAUGACUUCAUGUUCCUCGGCACAGAAGCCAUUUCGCUUGGUCGUGUUGGAGACGAUUUUUGGUGCUCUGACCCAUCUGGAGAUCCAAAUGGGACAUAUUGGCUACAAGGGUGUCAUAUGGUGCAUUGUGCCUACAAUAGCUUGUGGAUGGGGAACUUCAUACAUCCAGAUUGGGACAUGUUUCAGUCGACUCACCCGUGUGCUGCAUUUCAUGCUGCAUCAAGAGCCAUUUCAGGAGGUCCGAUAUAUAUCAGUGACUCUGUGGGACAACACGACUUCAAGCUUCUUAAAAGCUUGGUGUUGCCUGAUGGAUCCAUAUUAAGAUGCCAAGACUAUGCACUUCCUUCAAGGGAUUGCCUAUUUCAGGACCCUGUGCAUGAUGGGAAAACAAUGCUCAAGAUUUGGAACCUCAACAAGUACACUGGCGUUCUAGGACUUUUUAACUGCCAAGGAGGAGGGUGGUGCCCCAAGUCAAGGCGCAACAAAAGCUUCCCCGAGUUCUCAAAGUUGGUGACCUGUUUAGCAACCCCAAAAGAUGUGGAAUGGAGUCAUGGGAAGAACCCCAUUCCAAUAAAAGCAAUCGAAGUAUUUGCUGUGUACAUGUUCCAGGAAAAGAAGCUGAAGUUUUUGAAGCCAGAUGAGACGGUAGAGAUUUCGCUUCAGCCUUUCAGUUAUGAGCUCCUCACUAUUGCUCCAGUGAGAGUGCUACCGAAGAAGUUGAUCCAAUUUGCUCCAAUUGGAUUGGUGAACAUGCUCAACACUGGGGGUGCAAUUCAGUCCCUGGAAUUUGAGGAUAGUGGAACUUUGGUGAAGAUUGGAGUAAGGGGAAGUGGAGAGAUGAGAGCAUUUGCUUCAGAGAAACCAACUGCUUGUAAGAUUGGUGGAGAGGAAGUCGAGUUUGAUUAUGUUGAUAAGAUGGUUAUUAUCCAAGUGCAAUGGCCUAGCUCUUCAAGAACGACUGUAGUUGAGUACUUGUUUUGA